AAGCCUUCUCUGCCUCUCAACCCCCCCACAACAUUCUAGCAUGAUACCCAAAACCAGCCUCCCAAGGUUCACUCGUUCAGCGGUAUAUCUGCGCACCUAUUCGACCAAGAUGGGGCCAGUCCCACUGGCCUAUCAUCUCCACCCAGCACCGAUCCCCUCGGCAGCAAAGAACGAUUCCCCAUUGAUAGUUAUGCACGGGCUUUUCGGCUCGAGGCAGAAUAACCAUAGCAUCAGUAAGUAAGGAAGAACCCCACCUCACCACACUUAACCAAUGGGGGGACACAAAAAUCUAAUUCUCUACAGGGCAUUGGCGAAGGACCUGAAUAGACCAGUCUACACACUUGUAACGCAUCCGAACUGGCCUCUCGGCAACAGCAGCAGCAGGAUUGGCAAGAGAGUUCUAACUUGGCAGAAAAACAGGACCUCAGAAACCAUGGGGAAAGUCCGCACACUCCAUACCAUAACUACGAAGUCAUGGCGGAAGACGUGGAACACUUCCUCCAGGAAAAUAAGCUAGGCCCUAAAACUGUCCUAAUCGGCCAUUCAAUGUCUCCCCCCCCCCCCCAGCUCCAUUUCAAUUCCACAUUAACACCCACCAGGGGCGCCAAAACCGCCAUGGCAGUAGCCCUCCGCAAACCCUCCAUAAUCUCCUCCAUAAUCGCAGUCGACAACGCCCCCAUCGAGGCGGCCCUACACUCCUCCUUUGGGGGGUACGUGCGCGCGAUGCGCAAGAUCGAACAUUCGAACCUGACAAACACGAAGGAGGCCGACGCGAUCCUCGCGGAAGUGGAGCCCGAUGUCGCCAUCCGGCAGUUCCUCCUGCGCAACCUGGUGCGCAGUGAUUCUGGCCGUCUCGGGUUCCGCAUCCCGGUGGGGACGCUGGCAAGGGAGUUGGACAACAUGUCCGCCUUCGCGUACCAUCCCGAUGAGGUCCGGUUUGAGAAGAGGGCGCUUUUCGUGCGCGGUACGCAGAGCCCUUACGUCCCCGACGAGGCGGUUCCCAUCAUCGGGAGGUUUUUCCCCCUUUUCAGGUUGAAGGAUAUUGACGCGGGGCAUUGGGGUGAGUGAGAAUCGGUGACUCGCGGGUCACGCACGGUUGGCGACAGCAGGCUGAUGAUGAUAUGCAGUGAUUUCUGAAAAGCCGAAUGAGUUCAAGGAAGGUACGUAUCUUCCCCCCCCUUCCUGCUCGGAAGUGAUUGGCUUGCGGGAUCUCCGGGACUAAAGUGGUGGGAAUCUAGCUGUCAUUGAAUUCCUAAACGAAGAGGAAUAGUCGUACCCCCCCCCCCUUCCCCAAUGUCCUGGACCUAACCCAUAGCACGCAUCCACAAUCCGUCAAUCAUAUAAACCAUACGAAUCCAAUGCACGAUAGACCAAAUUAAUAGAGAAAGCACACAUCACCAACCU